AUGGGCACCAGGGCAGUGGUCGCCCCUUCUCUUGUUUGGGGGCUGCUGAGUUGCUUUUUCCUCUGCAACUGGGCUCUGGGAAGCCAAAGGCCCUUUCGCUCUCUGCCUCCACUACCCUCCCAAGCUGGGCCAGGACCUGGCCCCACGUGGAAGCCCCCACAGAGGGCCGAAGCAGCCCUGGCUUUUCUCUACUCCGGCGAUGUUCAACAACUGUCAGGGGCUAAUUGCAGUGAGAGUUAUGAAGUUCGUGGGACAGAAGGGAAAGUGGGGAUCCCCCCAGUCCUACAGAGAGCAGCGGGCACCCUGGCCCAAGCUGCCAAUUUUCUCAACAUGCUUCUACAAGCCAACGACAUCCGGGAGUCGAGUGUGGAGGAGGAUGUGGAGUGGUACCAGGCACUUGUCCGAAGUGUGGCCGAGGGGGACCCAAAAGCCUACAGGGCUCUACUGACUUUUAACCCCCCACCAGGGGCCAGCCACCUUCCGCUGGCCUUGCAGGCCACCCGGAUGGGGGAUGAGACUGUCCUUCAGGACCUGUCUGGGAACAGGGUACAGGAAGAAAACCCAGAAGAGGACCUGGACAACCCUGUUCUGCAGAAGCGAGUACUGACCAACGACCUAAGGAGUCUUGACAGCCCCAAGUGGCCACGAGGGGAUGGAUAUGUGGGUGACAUACAGCAGGUGAAGCUGUCUGCUCCCUUCCUGGAAUGCCAUGAGGGUCGGUUCCGUCCUGGCUGGCUAGUCACAGUCUCGGCCACAUUCUAUGGACUCAAGCCAGACCUCACCCCGGAAGUCAGGGGGCAAGUGCAGAUGGACAUCGACCUCCAAAACGUGGACAUCAAUCAGUGUGCAAGCGGCCCAGGCUGGUACUCUAACACCCACCUGUGUGAUCUCAACAGCACUCAGUGUGUCCCUCUGGAGAGUCAGGGUUUUGUCCUUGGUCGUUAUCUCUGUCGCUGCCGACCUGGAUUCUACGAGGCUAGCGGUUCUGGGGGGUUAGAGGAGAGUGCAACUCAGACUGCUGGGCAAUUCGGGUCACCACAAGGCAGCUUAGGGAAGCUGAUGAGGUGCCAGCCAUGUCCUGAGGGCUGCUCAAGCUGUCUGGAUGCCACACCAUGCCUCGCGGAGGAAGCCCUGGCACUGAGGGCAAUAGUGCUGGCCUGCCAGGCCUGCUUCAUGCUGGCUGUCUUCCUGAGUAUGCUGGUCGCCUACCGUUGCCGAGGGAGCAAGAGGAUCCGGGCAUCUGGAAUCUUCCUGUUGGAAACCAUCCUUUUUGGAUCCUUACUUCUCUACUUUCCUGUGUUCAUCCUGUACUUCAAGCCCAGUGUGUUCCGCUGCAUUGCUCUCCGCUGGGUCCGGCUGCUGGGUUUUGCUGUCGUCUAUGGAACUAUUAUCCUGAAGCUUUAUAGGGUGCUCCAGCUGUUCCUGUCUCGAACAGCCCAGCGGGGUCCACAUCCAAGCAGUGGGCAGCUGCUGCGGCGCCUGGGGCAGCUCCUGCUGUUGGUGUUGGGUUUCUUGGUUGUGUGGACAGCCGGAGUCCUGGAGCCAGGCAUCCAGCACACACCUCUAGUGACCCGAGGCCACACUCCCACCGGCCGCCACUUCUACCUCUGUCACCAUGACCACUGGGACUACGUCAUGGUUGUUGCGGAAAUGCUGCUGCUGUGUUGGGGCAGCUUCCUCUGCUAUGCCACCCGCGCUGUGCCCUCAGCCUUCCACGAGCCACGCUACAUGAGCAUCGCCAUACACAACGAGCUGCUGCUCUCUACUGUCUUCCACACAGCCAGGUUUGUGCUGGUUCCUUCCCUGCACCCAGAUUGGACCCUUCUCCUCUUCUUCCUCCAUACCCACAGUACAGUCACGGCCACACUAGCUCUGAUCUUCAUCCCAAAGUUCUGGAAGCCAGGGGCACCUCCCCGAGAGGAGAUCUUGGAUGAAGUAUAUGAGGAUGAGCUGGACCUGCAGCGCUCAGGCUCCUACCUCAAUAGCAGCAUUGCCUCAGCCUGGAGUGAGCGAAGCCUGGACCCAGGGGAUAUUCGGGAUGAGCUGAAAAAGCUCUAUGCCCAGCUAGAGGUGCGAAAGACCAAGGAGAUGACUGCUAACAACCCCCACCUGCCCAAGAAACAGAGCAGCUCACACCAGGGACUGGGACGCUCUUUCAUGAGGUACCUGGCUGAGUUCCCAGAGGCCCUGGCUAGGCAGCACUCUCGGGACUCAGGCUCUCCAAGCCGAAGCAGCCAGCCAGGCUCUUCUCGACGAAGGCUUCUCAGCUCCAGCCUUCAAGAAACUGAGAAACCACCAGCCCUGCGCAAGACCCGCAGCACCUAUGACCACCACAGGAAGCAUAACACACCUCUCCUUGACUCCACGCUGAGGAGGACCUUGUCCAAGAAGGCCUCGACAGCAGAGGGUCAAGUAGAGGGGCCCCCAGCCCUGGGCUUCAGGUCAGCCAGUGCUCACAACCUGACAGUGGGAGAAAGGCUCCCUGGAGCCAGGCCCAUGUCCCUGCAGAAGUCACUAAGUGUUGUGGCUGGCUCCAGGGAAAAGGCUCUGCUUGUGGCCAGUCAGGCCUACCUGGAGGAAACCUAUCGGCAGGCAAAAGAGAGAGAGGAGCGAAAGAAGGCUGAGGCAGCCAUAGUGAGCCCAGUGCGGAGGCCGUCAGCCAGGAGGUUGGAGCGGCCUCUAAGGGCUCCUCUGUCAGCCCCACCUUCCCCUGCCAAAAGCAGCAGCAUGGAUAGCUCACAUACUCCUGGGAGGCCUCACGAGGAGGCUGGGAGAAGGCUGCCUCACCCACCCAUCCGGCACCAGGUCUCCACACCCAUCUUGGCUCUGUCUGGGGCCUGCCUGGGAGAGCCAAGAAUGCUGUCUCCCACCCCAACCUCCACAUUGGCUCCUAUUCUGUUGCCAGCUCUGGCCCCAACCCCCACCCCUGCCCUGGCACCAGUCCCAAUGCCCCCCCAAAGCCCCACCCUACUCACUUUCAUCUGCCCCUGGGAGAAUGCAGAACUGCCAGGCAAGAAAGAAAAGGUGGUUCAGGAAGUCCCCACCAGGUCAGAGCAAAGCAGCCACUCAUCUGCCUCAGCUCGUACCAAGAUCUGGAGGGCCCUCUCUGUGGCAGUGGAGAAAAGGGGGACUGGGGAGAGUGAGAGGACCUCAGAGGAUGGACAUGUCCAGGGAGGAGAUGAUCAUGUAGAGGAAGACAAGCCCAAGGCCUUCUCAAAGUCCCACAGCCUCAAGACCCCCCUGCAGCAGGGCUCCGUGCGCAGCCUGGGCCUGGCCAUCAAAGCUCUAGCCCGGUCUAGGAGCACCUACAAAGAGAAGGAGGGUGGGGAGGGCAGCCCUGAGACUGAGAAGGAAAAGCCUAUAGGGGUGAGCAUGGGGGCUCCACCCCCAUCUCCCAGGCUAGGCCGGCCCAAAGCAGUGAGUAAACAGGCUGCCCUCACCCCCUGUGAGGAUGAGGAGUCCCUCCAGAACCAACAGAAUGCUCACACCAGCAGAAUGCUCCAUGUUUUUCACAAAGAGGGCAGCAGAGGACAAGAAGAUAGAAACAAGAGGGCAUCGCAGGGCUUAGGGGAGCUGAGAGUUGAAAGAACUGGUAAAAUAGGGCUUGCUACACUGAGGCAAGCUUUUGGGGACAAAAAUACUGAACAAGCAAAAGAAUCCUCUGUGGGAGACCAAGAAGUGACUGCUACUGCCCUCCAGCCCCUAGGCAGUGCUGACCACAGGGUGGCAGAGGUAUGCCCCUGGGAAGUAACUCAAUCAGGAAUGUGCCAGCCAGAGAGUAACAACAAGGCCAAAAUCUGCUCCUGGGAGGGAAAUGAAGGAGGUCUGGAAAAGACACUAUCAAGACAAGUUCCAAGUAGCUCCUGGGAAGAGAGGGAAAAAGCCCCAGAGGAAUCAGAGCCCGAGGGUGUGGGUGCCAUUACUCGGAAAAAGCCAGAGAGGCUGGUCCGAAGCCAGGAGGCAGUGUGUCCUUGGGAAAGUGCUGACACUGGAGGUCUGUCUCCUCAGCUGGCCCAUCGGGACUCUGACAGAACUCAGGGCAGGUCUGUGGUAGUGGGCGGUACAGAGGUGAGGAAGGGAGAAAGGCCUACAGAGGUUCUUCCACCUGAGGCCAAGGCUGAGCUGUGCCCCUGGGAGCUGAGUGAUGCUGGGGAGGGGACACUGGCCCAGAGAGUGAAGGGACUCCCUGAAGAAAGGCAGAAAUCCCCCAAGAAGGCAACCGUCUGGAGAGAACAGAAUCUGGGCAGAGACCUGGUGUCUCUCUGUCCUUGGGAAAGUACAGAUUUUCGGGGUCCCUCAGCAGUCUCACUUCAAGCCCCGGAAAGCUCAGGGAAUUUGGGCAGUGGUAUUGCAGAGGUCUGCCCAUGGGAGAUAGGAGAAACAUCGAAUGACAAGAAAGCUGAGGUCUGUCCCUGGGAGCUGGGAGCAGGCACAGAAACACUGAAUCAUGGAAGAGAUGGGGAAUCUCUCCCAGGAAAGGAGACCACCUCCAGAAAGCAGUAUUUGGGAGCGAUGGGGGAGCAAGAGUCAGUGUGCCCCUGGGAGGAUGCAUCCCCUGGACAGUCCAGCCCACAUCCAAACAACUCAUCCAAGGCUGGUGGGCAGUUGCUAAGCAGUGGGGGCAGCCAGGCACUGCAAGUGUGUCCUUGGGAAGCAUUCAAACCUGAAGAAAAGCAGGCAACACCUUCAAUGGCAGAAAUCUGUCCCUGGGAAGCAGAUGGAAGAACCAAGGACAGGACAUCAGAACCCACACCAAAAGGAGAAGAACUUCAAAAAGAGGAGAAAAUACCUGGAAAAGCAAGAAUCCAAACAUGGGAAAAGGCUGAGGGGCAGACCCAGAAGCAGGAAGCAAUCUGCCCCUGGGAGAGCAUGGGCCCUAGUAGCAUCCUACAAAAAGACACAGAGAAACUCCAAGUCACUCUCCAGAGACGAGGCAGUAUAGGAGGCAAAGCUGCUGAGAUCUGCCCAUGGGAUGUGGAAGAGAGAUUGACAGCUGAGAAGGCCAAGAUCUGUCCCUGGGAGGUGGGUGCUGGUGCCGGGGAGGAAAGGACUAUGGGGGGAGCUGAAGCCUCUGGGAUCUCUCCAAACGAUACAGGUCAGACUUCUGCAGAGUCUGGACCCAGGCAGAUAGCUGCUACUACUCCAAAGAAGACAGAGAGGCCAGGCCUGGAGGAGGUGGUCUGUUCCUGGGGCAGCUUGGGUCCAGGGGAUUCUUCCCAGCAACCAGAUAUUCUGAGCACUGAGAAACCAAAAGAUGGGCUCCAGGAACUGGACCAUGUGGGCUCCAGGCCAACUGAGGUGUGUCCCUGGGAAGUAGAGGAAGUUCCUAUCAGUGAAAAAGCCAAGAUCUGUCCCUGGGAGGUGAAUGAAGGAACCAUGGUGAAAGGACUGGAGCAAGAGUUGGGGAUCAAGCCAGCAGAGCAAGAGCCAAAGAAUCUGGAAAAGGCGGAACAAGAAGAGGGGACAUCAAAAGGGGAUGCAAAACUCUGCCAGGAACAGGAAGCUAUCUGUCCUUGGAAGGACCAGGACUCAAGGAAACCAUCUGCCCCAGUCCCCAAGGUCUCAGACUUGCCUAGUAGCAUCAGUAGUCAGAGAUCAGAGGUACAGUCUUUGGAAGACAGUGACAGGGCAACAGAGAAGGGAGGCCUGAGACAAGACCUGAAGACCAGUUCCUUCCCAGAACACACAACCCAAGGAAAAGCUGCAGCUUUAAAAUCACAGUUCCCUGUUGAUGGGGGAGGAACAAGCAAGGAGCUCCAGUCUGUCUGUCCCUGGGAGAGCAUGGUGCCAGCAAGUUCUUCCCUCCACCCACAAGGUCAGUGCUCUGACCAACCUAGAGCCGGCUCCCAGGUCAGUCCUGGCAGUGGGGUUGCUGAGGUUCCUGUCUCAGAUCAAUAUGAGGUCUGUCCCUGGAAGGCGACUGGGAGAAUUAUGGAGACACAGACAUCAGGACAGGGUAAAAUGGAGGAAUCUCAAGAGGAAAAAGAAGGAGCCCCUGAAAAACCAAAGCAAAAAGGUGCGUUAGUUCAGAAAACACCACAGACCAGCAACUUUGGGAAGCAGGAAGCUGUGUGUCCUAGGGGGAGUCAGGACUUUGGGAUACAACCAGCCACAGGCGCUUCUGAUGUAAACAAAAGCAGUUCUGAGAAAGUGGGCUGUGUGGGGGUCAGGAUGGUAAAAGUGUGGCCUUGGGAAACAGAAGAGGGUCCCUCUGCCAAGAAAGCCGAGAUCUGCCCUUGGGAAGCAAGUCCAGGAGCAGUGGGGGAGGGGACACGGGACCAGGGGCAGGACGGCAAGUCACAGGGGGAUGAACAGGCUGAAGGACACUUUUUAGAAGUAGCAGAGGCAGUCUACCCCUCGGAAGGUGCAGCAUCAGCAGGGCUCUUCCCCUGCACCCUGGACACGGACACCCUGGACCACCCUAAGGCCAGCCCCCAAGGAGCAAGCAGCCCAGGGAAAAGGCUAGCAGUACUAUGUCAGUGGGAAGUCACAGACCCAGAAGGAAAUAAAAUCAAGGGCACAAUGGCAGACAUCUGUCCGUGGGAGGAACCCAGAGCCCCAUCUGAUGAAUCUGGCUUCCUGGCUUUACCAACAACCCAGACAGAUGUCCCUGCUACUCCUGAGAAAUCACUCUGCCUCUCAGCACACAGACCUUUGGAGAGCUUUCUUCCACAGAGCAAGAGCCAACAUCCAGAAGUGACCAAGCCACCCAGUGCUUUCCCUCUGGAAAGUGUCAAAGAACAAGGACCUACAGGACUUGAGCCCGGAACCAAGUCAGCUCCAGAGCCAAGUCUCAAGGAUGCAGAGGCUCCCAAAUCUUUUUCCUUAAUUGAAGACCAAGGACAAAUGGCUCCUGAGGCUCAAGAUGAAGAAUUUAGCCCUCCACCUGCUUACCCCUGGGACUGUGAAUGACAGCACCACAGUGAGGUCAGAGCUCCUUCUGGACACUUC